AUGACGGAGGGCUUGGACAGUGACAAGAAGACAUGCCUGGAGUUGGAACGCUACCUCCAGACAGAACCCCGACGGAUCUCUGAGACCUUUGGUGAGGACUUGGACUGCUUCCUCCAUGCCUCUCCUCCCCCGUGCAUUGAGGAAAGCUUCCGGCGCCUAGACCCCCUGCUGCUCCCAGUGGAAGCCGCCAUCUGUGAGAAGAGCUCCGCAGUGGACAUUUUGCUCUCUCGGGACAAGUUGCUAUCUGAGACCUGCCUCAGCCUCCAGCCAACCAGCUCUUCUCUAGACAGCUACACAGCGGUCAACCAGGCCCAGCUCAACGCAGUGACCUCAUUAACGCCCCCCUCAUCCCCUGAGCUCAGCCGCCAUCUGGUCAAAACCUCACAGACUCUCUCAGCCGUGGAUGGCACGGUGACGUUGAAACUGGUGGCCAAGAAGGCUUCCCUCGGCUCGGUGAAGGUGGGAGGGGCGGCGGCAGGGGCGGCGGCGGCGGCGGCAGCCGUGACACCAGCUGGAGCAGUUAAGAGUGGACAGAGCGACAGUGAACAAGGAGGGGUAGGGGCUGACACCUGCCCCGAAAACAAGAAGAGGGUCCACCGCUGUCAGUUUAACGGGUGCCGGAAAGUUUAUACAAAAAGCUCCCACUUAAAGGCCCACCAGAGGACUCACACAGGUGAGAAGCCUUACAAGUGCUCAUGGGAAGGAUGCGAGUGGCGUUUUGCACGGAGCGAUGAGCUCACAAGGCACUACAGGAAACACACAGGUGCAAAGCCCUUUAAGUGCAACCACUGUGACAGGUGUUUCUCCAGGUCUGACCAUCUUGCUCUCCAUAUGAAGAGACAUAUCUAAACAAAACAAAACAAAAACAAAAAACAAAAGUAACCAACAACAACAAAAACAACGAAACACCGUCAAGGCCAGAGUUGCCAUGGCAUCAGCCAGUGUCCGAAGGAAAGGCCGUGAGGCAGAGGGCUGGACUUCAGGCGGGGGGCGCUGCCUCGCAGAAGAAAGUUCUCGCUUACAAACCUCUGUGUACAUACUUGUACACGCACACGUACACACACCCUCUCACACACAGACCCACACACAGACCCACUGUCAUGCACUCAACUAUAUUUAAAGUAUAUACGUCUAUUUCUUAUGCCUUGCCCUAGCCAGAUGGUAGAAGACGAAGAAGAAGGAAGGCAGGCGAACUCAGCGAGGCGCUGGAUGCCGACUCCAGCACUAUUGGAAUUACUUCCCGCUGUUACCGAUGGAAAAAGAAAAGAAAAGAAAAGCAAAUGGAUGUCUCCAUGGUGGCCGGCAGUACGAGGGGCUUACCUAACUCUGCUUCUCAGUGCAACUUGAUAAGAGAAUCCAACAUCUCACGGUUGCACAUGUGUAGCACUAACGUUUCUUUUUAAGUAGUUGGGGGAAAUUGACCUAGAAAACCAAAUUGCAGUUUGGUAGCCAAACUUAACUCCUGGUUUAUUUGUCCUUUGUGUGUGAAAAGUCCUACUAUUCCGUGCGUCACACUUCCUCCCGGAACUGUCGGUCGGUUUUGGUUCUUCUUAGGACCACUGAGAUCUCUGGAGUCGGUACCAACGGCCUUAGCGCGCGGCAGACUGUGGAUUCACAUCUUACACCUUUCUGGCCUGCAUCUCUCUAGACUUCACUCUCAAGGGAGGAAUUUUCUUUUCUUACCUUUUUGACUCUCGCACAUCAUAUGCACUAGGGAUUCUGGAAACUUCUAGCAUGACUGCAAAGUGGCCAAGAGAACAAAGUCCUUGAUGAUAAGUCACAGUACACCCCUUGAGCCUCACCUCCUUGCCAGUGCUAGAUUUUUUCUUUUUAAUCUCUCUGAUUUUUGCUAAUGGAAACUUGAAAAAGAAAGAAAAAAAAAAAAAAGCUUAUUUGGAAGCUUAAAUGUUUUAUCUUUUCUCCAUGGACUAAACCUCUCCAGGACUCUCCCGGAACCUGGAUGUCCAGCUCUCGAAGCAGCCAAUCAGAUGGGACAUCACAGUUCUCUCAUCCCUCCUUGAGGCGUGAUGACCUCAGCUCACAGUGAGCAGCUGCUGUGCUGUGUCACCACGCUAACCAGUUACAGCAUAGAUGUCACUAGUCUCAAAGGGCGGCUGCGCAUUUACUCUAACUCUGGGUUAUGACCUGACAAAAAGCCAAAAAUAAUCACUCUGUCCAGGAGUGGAGGAAUCUGAGGGUGCCUCCCAAGUCUAGAGGCUUCACAAAACAUCAUCCCAUCCCUUCCCUCUUACCCACUGAGCUCGUGGUACCCACUUGUUAAAAUACAUAUUUCAACAUCCCAUUGUGGGAGUGAAGGCUGUCCAUGUAGGAAAGGAUGGAGGUGUCUCUCUUGUGAUGUGUCUAGGGUUUGAGGCGGGUGCUUUCUUUGGGGGGAGGGGAACUGGUUCUUUUGGCUAGGCCCACCAUGGCUUGUGACCUAAAGCACCCAGGAUCAAUAGAGGCCUCAUAUUUACUCUGAAAGCUGACUCCAAGGAGAUUGUAUUGCUCACUUGCAUUUCACACACAUACAUCCAAUGUUGAUUUCUAUCUUCCCGAAUUCUUAGCUAGCUGGCACUGGUCUAAACUCCAAAGACUGCCUUUAGGACCAUCAAAUGUCCUAUGCAAGCAAGCGGGGUGGUUAUUAGGGCAGAUUGUAUAUUUUGUAUAUUCUGGGACCAUCCCUUCAAGACAUGUCUAACAAACAAAAAAAUGGCAUUUGGUCCACACAUGGUUGCUGCUCCUGCAUACCAGCGGGCUCCCUCCCACCCUCCUCUGACGGCUUGACUCAUUGACUGUUAAAAUGCGACCCCAUGCAUAUUUGGGAUGCAAAACUGAAGUCUUUGAAAGGAAAUCAUAGUAACAAUAUAAGCCACACAGACACACAAUGACAGCAACCUUCAGGAUCCUUGACGCUUGGGUUCUCAGCUUUCUACAACUUUUGUUUCACUGAAAUGUUGAAUCUGCUCGUCUGAGGGUGAAGGGACCUCUUUGUCACAAAUGCUAUAGCUUCCAGUUGGACACUUGGAGCAUUUUGAGGUCCGGCCUUUAGAAUUUUCUUUUUUCUUUUACUUCUUUUUUUAUUUCAAUUUAGACCAAAAAUAAAUAAUAAUAAUAAUAAUAAAAAAGAAACCACCCUGAACACACACACACACACACACACACACACACACACACACACACACACACUCCAUUUGCCAGAAGCAAUUAUGUAUAUGUUAGUUGGAGGGUAUUAAAGAAAAAAAAAGAAAUCUGUUUUAUUCCAAAGAUUUAAAAGUGGACAUGACUUAGAUACUGGAGCACUGCUUACUGACAAUCUCAUUCUCUCCUACAUUUGAGUGCAUUUUGCAGCCAGUCCAUCAGGGCAAACCAUGGGAUUAUAUUUGAAUGUGUGGUGCAUCCUUUUCGGAUGAAGGAUGUGUGAGGGACCUUGAACCUCAGCUGUAUGGAACUGUAGCACCUCCAGUCCGUGCACUAGAUGAAACUUUAGACUACCCGAAUUCUGUUGCUUUGUUUCUUUCCCCUUUCUGCAGCCCCCAGCAUGAAUGCACGCACACGCCAGGGAUGGCAUUAAGCCAUGGCUGCCACGAUUUACCGAUGUUCUCUCCCAGGCUGGGGCUGCUCUUGCUCUCAAAAUGUUACUACUAAGGUUUAUAGUACUUAAUUUAAAUUUUGUACGGAUCAAUGCAAGGCUCUAUUUAAAAAGGAAAAAAAAAAGAGAAAAAGAAAGAAAGAAAAAAAAUACGCAAAAGAGUAAUCGUUGCUCUCUGUCCCUCGUCACGCGUGGUUUCAUUGGAAUGUGGCGGAACAAAGGCUCCUUGGUCCUCUUUGGUGUCGGAAAUGUUUGGUAAUUUCUCUUUUGUAUCAGUGAGGUCCUUUGUAAUCUGCUCCUGUCCUCUCUCGGAGCAGGGUGCCCUGAGAUGCCAUGAUGGUGCUUGCUUGCUUCAGAGUCCUUUGCUGACUGUGGGAAUUGGCCUGAGAAUUUGGUAGGUGCUAAGCACGUGGCUUUGAAUCUGUUCUUCUUGAGCCCCACUGGACACCUGUGGAGGAUAACCGGCCCUCAGCGUGGAGUGGGCAGCCCUUGGACCUUUUAGAAAUAGGUUUGUGAGAAACCAUCAGUCCUUUCUCAAAUUGCAGAGGUGGUCUCUUGGAGCCUCUGGAGGCAGGGGAAGCAGGUUUUCCAAGAAAUGACCUCAACAUAUAUUUUGCUCCCAGGAGGACUGGUUAUCUGGAAUGAUGUAAUGGACAUUGGAAACACAAAAUCCCUUUCACUAUUUAAAACAUUACCUCCCAGCAGUCCAAGGGAUCUCAAAUUUGAAAGGACAAACUUGGCAUAGUGUGUCAUAGGCUGUCCUCGGGCACUCUAUCCAGGGUCCAGAGUUGGCUGCGUAGAAGACGUGUUUAAAGCCACUGGCGUUUUCUUUACUUCAAAUUACGCCUCUGUCUCCUCCACAAGACCGUCAGGGAUGUGGAGACCUGACGUUGUAAUGCUGCUCCUUGCUCCUGGCCUCCUGGCCUACUGUCGGCUCACUGGCCCAGCUUCAUGCCUCACGGUGAUGAGCAUUUUGUCCAGGAAAAAAAAAAGA